AUGGGGGACACAAGCCACAUGAGUAAAGGCACAACGCCGAUACCAACCCCCCCAGGCCUGCCGCUUGUUGGCAAUGCUUUCGAUUUUGACUCGGAGCUCCCUCUUCGCACUUUUCAGAAUUUCGCCAACGAAUAUGGGGAAAUCUACCGCCUGAACUUGCCCGCCGGCCCCUCAGUGGUUGUAAGCUCGCAAGCACUCGUGCACGAAUUAUGUGAUGACAAGAGAUUCAAAAAGCCUGUUGCCGGCGCCCUCGCCGAGAUCCGAAACGGUGUCCACGAUGGCCUUUUCACCGCUCGGGAAGAAGAGACGAACUGGGGAGUUGCCCACAGAAUUCUGAUGCCAGCCUUUGGCCCAGCAUCGAUACAAGGGAUGUUCACCGAGAUGCACGAGAUCGCAUCACAAUUAGCUCUCAAGUGGGCGCGCCAUGGCCCGGACGCCCCGAUCAUGGUGACGGACGACUUCACGCGCCUCACACUGGACACGCUGGCCCUGUGCACCAUGGACUUUCGCUUCAACUCGUACUACCACGACGACUUGCAUCCGUUCAUCAACGCCAUGGGCGACUUUCUAUCCGAAUCAGGCGCUCGUGCGAUGCGGCCGGCCUUGACCUCGGUAUUCUAUCCACAAGCCGGCAAGAAGUACUUUGAAGACAUCGAGGUUUUGCGCAAGACAGCCCAAGGAGUCCUCGACACGCGGAGGAAACACGCCACCGGUCGGAAGGACCUGCUUUCCGCCAUGUUAAGCGGCGUAGAUCCGAAGACGGGCCAGAAACUCAGUGACUCGUCCAUUAUCGACAACCUCAUCACAUUCCUCAUCGCCGGCCACGAGACGACUUCGGGUCUGCUGAGUUUCACAUUCUAUUUGUUGAUCAAGCACCGGGACGCCUACCGGAAGGCACAAGAAGAGGUGGACAAUGUGAUAGGCAAAGGGCCGAUUCAGACGGAGCACAUCAAGAAGCUCCCUUACAUUGCCGCCGUUCUUCGCGAGUCACUGCGCCUGUGUCCCACGAUUCCAAUCAUCACUCGUGCGGCUAAAGAGGACACCGUGAUCGGAGGGAAAUACUUUGUCGCAAAGGAUCAGAGAUUCGCUCUUCUCCUGGCCCAGUCGCACCUCGAUCCCGCUGUUUAUGGGGAGACGGCCAACGAUUUCGUGCCGGAGCGUAUGCUCGACGAAAGCUUUGAGCGUCUGACCAAGGAGUUCCCCGACUGCUGGAAGCCGUUUGGCACCGGCAUGCGGGCUUGCAUUGGCCGCCCAUUCGCGUGGCAAGAGGCUGUCCUGGUCAUGGCCAUGUUGCUCCAGAAUUUCAACUUUACCCUGGACGACCCGAACUACGAGCUGCACUACAAGCAAACCCUAACUACCAAGCCUAAGGAUUUCUACAUGCGGGCUGCUCUUCGCGACGGACUUACUGCGACCGAAUUGGAGCGUCGGCUCGCUGGAGACGUCACUUCCGCUCCACGGCCGAAUGGCCAACCCAGACCGACAGCACGCAAGGCUACUCCCUCAGGGGAAGCCAAGCCCAUGAGCAUUUUCUACGGAUCCAACACAGGAACAUGCGAAAGCCUGGCUCAGCGGCUUGCAACCGACGCAGCAGCCCACGGAUAUACGGCUACGGUGGUUGACCCGAUGGACACAGCCACGGACAACUUACCCACAGACCGGCCGGUGGUGAUCAUCACUGCCUCCUUCGAGGGCCAACCGCCAGACAACGCAACCAAGUUUUGCUCGUGGCUGAAGGGACUCAAAGCCGAUGAACUCCAGAAUGUUUCCUAUGCGAUUUUUGGUUGUGGGCACCACGACUGGACCCAGACCUUCCACCAGGUUCCCAAACUCGUCGGUCAGACCAUGAAGGCCCGUGGGGCAUCGCCUCUCUGUGACAUUGGCCUGACCGACGUGGCUCAAGGGGACAUGUUCACCGACUUUGAGCAGUGGGAAGACGACGUCUUUUGGCCUGCCGUCGAGGCCAAGUACGGCGCUGUAGAUGGGGCCGGCGAGACCGACGAAGCGGCAAAUUCAGACAGCCUCGACGUUCAAUUUUCCAGCCCCCGGUCCUCCACCCUCCGACAGGAUGUCAAGGAGGCAACAGUACUUGAGGAGAUGCUUCUCACCUCAGCUGACACUUCGCCGAAGAAGCACAUUGAGGUGCAACUACCAGAUGGGGUGACAUACAAAGUCGGGGACUAUCUAGCGGUGCUUCCCGUCAACUCCAAGGACAGUAUUAGCCGCGUCAUGCGCCAGUUCAAGCUUUCUUGGGAUUCACACAUUACCAUUGGAUCCGACAGGUGGACCGCUUUGCCGACCGGCACACCCGUCCCGGUAUACGAUGUUCUCGGGUCUUACGUAGAACUUUCUCAACCCGCGACGAAGAGGGGGAUCCUAAAACUGGCGGAUGCUACCAAGGAUGAGAGCAUCAAACAACAGCUCCAGGACCUGGCUGGUGAUUCUUACGCCAGCGAAAUCAGCCUCAAACGGGCCUCCAUCCUCGACCUCUUGGACAAAUUUUCCUCCAUCUCACUGCCAUUUGGUACCUUCCUGUCGCUACUGCCGCCCAUCCGACCCAGGCAAUACUCUAUCUCCUCGUCGCCACUCAACAACCCCAACCGGGCAACGCUGACAUACUCGCUGCUCGACUCGCCUUCUCUAGCCAACCCCGAGAGGAGGUACAUGGGCGUCGCCACUUCAUACCUCUCAUCACUCGUCGCCGGCGAUAAGCUCCUAAUCUCAGUGCGCCCUACACAUACCGCAUUCCGGCUCCCGGACGAAGAAGAGAUGGAUAAAACGCCCAUUGUUUGCGUGGCCGCCGGUUCUGGACUCGCCCCGUUCCGCGGCUUCAUCCAAGAACGGGCUGCACUGAUUUCUAAGGGAUCCCGGCUUGCGCCCGCCCUCUUGUUCGUAGGCUGCCGCGGACGACAAAUGGAUGACCUAUACCGUGAAGAGUUUGACAAGUGGCAGGAGCUAGGCGCGGUCGAUGUUCGAAGGGCAUUCAGUCGUGCCAAACCUGAGGAGGCCGAGGAGGCGCACGAGUGUAAGCACGUGCAGGAUAGACUCUUGCAUGACGGGGACGAAGUCAAGGCCAUGUGGGAAGGUGGCGCCAGGGUCUAUAUCGUGCUCGGCGAGGCCGCUACCGAGGAUGAGAUGACGCGCUGGUACGAGGGGGUCCGGAAUGACCGCUACGCCACGGAUGUAUUUGAUUAA